GUAUGAUCGUUCUUUCGCUAUCCGCUUCUUCUGUUACAGUUUUGUUUACACUCUUUGCCUUAAUCUGAAACUCCUCAAGUGGUUUAAUUUGCCAAUGGAUCUUAAAGGAAGCAGUUGCCCUAUUUGUUUUGAAUCGUUAAAAGACAAAAUUGUAGGAUCUCCUGACGUUUGUGAUCAUAAAUUUUGCUUAUUAUGUCUUGAAAAAUGGACCAAACAUGAAAAUUUUUGUCCUGUCGAUAGACGAAGAUUUAAGAAGAUAAUAAGUGGUGAUAAGGUUAUUCGGAUCAAACAUAAAAGAAAAAAGAAGGGCACAGAACUGUAUGAUAUAAGUGUUUAUUGUGAAAUAUGUAAGGAAACUAAAGAAAAUAAUGAUACAGUUAUUCUUUGUGACUGCUGUGAUCUUGCAUUUCAUUUUAUUUGUCUUAAACCACCUCUGAAAUCAAUUCCCCAUGGUAACUGGUAUUGUCCAGAUUGUUUGGAAAUAUCAAGAAAAUUAGAAUCCCAGAAAAAGGAAAAGAAAAAGCAUUCAAACAACCCAUCUGUUUAUUCUAAACAAAGCUCUACAUUACUCCCCCCUGACUUUGCUGCACCAGCAACAAAAUCUAGUAAUCCUUUAACAAAUGGAAACAGAGUCAAAAAUAGUAUAGGCGAAAAUACAAAUAUGAAAUUAACAAAUGAUGGACACAAUUACUCAAAGGAAUCACAUUUUUCUGAAAAAGAUGAUUGCCAAAAGAAUUUUUCUGACACUAAAACAGUAAAUGUGCCUUUUAAUUGUACAGAUACACCGUCAGGAGAGUUUGAAGAUUUUUUUAAUAUAAGUAAUAAUGUUGUUAUCUUAAUGAAUCGAAAAUUUUUAAGAUCUGAAGGGAAGUCUCUUAACAAAAGUUUAGGAAAAGAAUGUAGAACUAAUUAUAGUAUGAAUUUAAGGAGACUACAGCAUGCAAAAGAUGCAGAAUGCAACAAUUUCAAAAUGCAACAAAUUGAAAAAAGAACAAAGAGGUUAGCUGCUACUACUGCAAGAAAGAAGAUGAUAGAAAACUUGAAAAAGGAUAAUAUCAAUUGUUCUGUUGAGGAUUCUUCUUAUUCAUCAGGACAGUGUAGUGCUGCUGAUAUGGAAAAGGGUAUAUUAUUUCGUCAAACUUCUAUUUUAUCCGUUAAUAAGAAUGCAGAUAAUUAUAUGGAUAAAUUUUCUCUAUCCCAAACAAAACCUAUGAAUGAAGGGAGCUCGGAAACUAUUCAAGAAUAUAGUACACAAACGGAAAAAUUUAAAAAAAUUGCAUCAUCAAAGUCAUCUAAGAUUUUUGAAAAUUUGGCAACAUAUAUCAAUGCAAAAUCAUCAGAUUCGGUAAGAAAAAAUAAUAAAAUUUUUAUAUGUGAUCCUAAAGAAGCUAGUUUAAAGACAUCUUCUACAAGCACCAAAAUAUACAGUUCUAUGGCAGAAAAGUUUAAUGUUCAAAAUCAUACAGUAUUAGAAUCAUCAAAUAUUUCUAGGGAAGUUGAUAUUAUGUCAACAAACUGCAAAGCUUUAAGUAUAGAUGAUAGGGCUUUUGCCAAAAAAUAUGUAGAAGAUACUUUUAGAGCUAAUUAUAAUCUUAGAGCACUUAGAAAGGGCCUUCCUGAAACAAAACCAAAGAGAUUAGCUGCUGCAGUUGCAAGAAGGAAAUUGUCUCAGAAUUUCUCGAGUGAUCUCGAAUUUUCUAGUGAUGAGUCUUCUAAUUCUUUAAAUCAUCAUAAUGUUGUUGAAAAGGAUUCUUUUUGUAACUCGUAUUUGAAUGACAACAAUCAUUAUUUAUUUACAGAUAUUGAAAAGGUAUUAUCUAAUCAGAAUUCUAGGAAUGAAUUUUUGUCAUCAAAAUCAGAAUCUGAGAAUGCUAUUUUGGAUUCUGAUUCCAGGUGUUCUAAAAGUACCAAAAAGAUAAAUAUUGUAAUGAAAGAUUCGAAUAAAAGUUCAGAAUCAAAAUCAUCUAAUAUAUGUGAAAAUCUUGUAAAAUCUUCCACUGCAAAAGUUUCUGAUUGUGUUACAGAAAGUUCAGAUAGCAUCAAUUCUCAUAGUGUGUUUAAAAAACCUGGUUGUGAAUCAUUUUCUGCAUGCACCAAGAUAAAUGAUUCUAUGACAGAAGAAUUAAACAAUGCUGAAAUUCCUAUGGCAUUAGAAUCACUUAGUGUGUCUGAGAAACAUGAAAAUACACCUGAGCUUACUCUAGAACCAUUGCAUAUCUUUAAAAACUCUGAAAGUGAAAUGCCUUCUGAAUCGCCACCGCCAUCUUUAAUACCAAAUAAAAAUCUUGAAAAUGAAGUGUUUUCUAUUAAAGAUGCUGAAACAGAACAUGAUCAUUCUGUUGUAGAAGAAUCAAAUAAUGCCAAAAAUGGUUCUUCAUCAGAAACUUUCAGUGUAUUUGAAAAGAUUACUGAUACCUCCAGUUCUACUGAAAAAUUUUCAAACAUGAAUAGAUACAAUAAUGAAGAAACCUGCAGUCAUAUGGAAGACUAUCAAAGUGCAGAAAACCCAAAAAAUGAUGAGCCAUUACAAGAAAAAGAUAAUUAUGAUGAGAUUGAGGCUGAUGAAAAUAUCUUAAACAACUUCCAUAUGCGGCAGGUUCAUUAUGCAAUUAAAGCCAAAAUUAAUCUUCCUGCUGAAUUGCAAAAAAUAGAGGAGGAAGCUUGGUUAUCACACAGAUCGAAGUCAUCUAGGAAAUAUAAGAACAAAUCAUUUCAUAAAAAAGCAAAAGUUUGUAUUUCGCAUGAUCAGGUUGUUUCUAGAAAGAAAGAGCACUGUGUCUUUUCUAAUGAUACUCCUCAUUCUGAUAAUAAAUCUACAUAUAGCAAACAAGAUGUCAAAUUUAAUAAUAAAUUCAAUCCUUUUUGCCAAUCUGUUUGUGGUUCUCCUCCUAAAAAACUUUUUAAAGUGACAGAAUAUGCUUUUCAGCAGGUUCGUUCAAAAAACGUUUUACAAAAUAUCAUGGAUCCAUAUAGUUUAAAGCAUUUAGAUAUACGUGAAGAUGGUUCACUAUUUUUAAAUUGGAACAAAUCUAAUUGUGUAGCUUCUUUUUAAGUGAUCCUCUUUUUUUUAAAUAUUUUUUCUUAUUUUUAUUAUUUAAAAAAAAACAUUUAUACUGCCAUAUAAAUCUGUUACAUCAAAUCACAUUGACUUUUUCUGUAAGACAAGAUUAUAAUGUUUGAGUUAUGAAAUUGAUUUGUUUUUACAAAAUGCUAUCAUACAACAGUAGUGAAUUGUAGAUGGUAUUUGUUACAUUGAUUAGAUUCGCCUUCUAAAUUGAAUAAAAUUAAAAUUACACUGUACUUUACCGAAUAAUUAUUUUUAAUCUAGUAUUAAAUAUAGAUAUGAUUGAGCAUGAAUUAUUCUUUUGAAUUUAUGUGUAUCUUGUCUUCUAACAUCUAACUUAAAAAGCAAUGAUCUUUGAAAGCAGCUAUUUAUGCAACAUACCAAAUUUAUGUGUCUUGCUAAUUGAAAAUGUGAUUAACCAAGAGCAAAUGUCUAGAGGAAUAUGUUGUUUCUGUAUCAAUAUAAUAGGCUAUUAUUGACUGUAGACAUGUAGUCUAUAAAUAAAAUGUGAUUAUUUUUUUACUUUUUAUAAAUUA